GGCAAGGAGGACAAGCACAGAGCCCCCAUCGUGUUCCGGCAGCCGGCAUCGCCUGGGACGAGGGCCACAGGAGGACCACAGGCCAUGGCUCAGAAACAGCUCAAGCUGGCGAAUGAUCAGCUCAACGACAUCGUGACGGACCCAGCCAACAGAUUUUGUGCUGACUGCGGCGCCAAAGCACCGAGAUGGGCUUCGGUCAACCUUGGAGUGCUGGUCUGCAUCGAGUGUUCCGGCAUACACCGCAAUCUGGGCGUCCACAUCUCCAAAGUCAAGUCACUCACACUCGACAAGUGGCAGCAAAAGUGGAUUGACGUAAGCCAACCACCCAGCCAGCCAGCGGAGCGGAGCCUACCCGCGUCGGGCACUGCUUGUUUGGGUCAUGUCAGACGGUAAAGGCUAUUGGCAACGAAGUGGCUAGGGAGUACUACGAGUUCCGGCUCCCCUCAGACUACCGCAGACCCACUCAUGCCGACGGCGUCAGGUCAGGCAGGGUCAGGCAGACAGACAGACGGACAGGCCGAUUACAAGCCUGCGUUGCGUGGGUUGGCUGUGUGUGGCCGCGCCGCUUACCCUACUGCCUGCAGCGCGUUGGAGAACUGGAUCCGUUCCAAGUAUGAGAAGAAGCUGUACGUCCCGGUGGGCAAACCAGAGCCGUGGGAGCUGCUGGAGCAGGGUACGUGCACACUCGCAGAGACCAGCGCUUGCAGGGCGGGCACAGCGGCCAGCACUUAGUUGAUUCAUGGCUGCCUCCCUCGAUUUGUCUGUCGGCAGGUUUGGACCCCCGGAGCUCGGUGCAAAAUGAAGGGGAGGGGCGAUCGAAGAGCAAGUCAGUCACAGUCACGCGACAGACACUGUCCAUGCCAGGAAGAUGCUGAGAGGCCACUCACUCACUCAUCUGAUUGAUUGCAUGUGUCUGUCUGUCUGUCUCAUGUGUGUGCGGUUUGCUGCACAGGAAAGAGCGCAAGGAGAAGGCCAGACGGGAGAGGUCAGCGAGAAGUCAGUCAGUCAUGCGCGCACCUAUCUGAUGUCGGUCGAUUCAUUCAUGCCUGCCUGCCUGCCUCUGAUCCAUCCACCAGACCUGAGCCCGUGAGUGCUCCCGAGGACGAGCGUGACAGGGAGGGUGGUGGGAUGCGUAAACUGAAGCCUCCCCACGGCCCUCACGGGGCGGGCAAGUCGCGGAACAGACCCCACUCACAGGGGGGGCAGGCAGCCAGACCCAUACACAGCGACCAGGAAAGAGGGUAAGACAGACACACACACACACAGAGAGACAGAGAACUAGCCAUACACAGACAGCCGACGGCACCGCCACAGGUGGACGGACGGACGGAUGCGGCGUGUGUGUGUAUUCUGUCUGUAAACUAGGUACUCGCCGUCUCCGUUGCCGCACAUGGCGACGCGCCAGCCGGCGCCGCCGUCCCCGCAGGGGUCCCCCGUCGAUCCAUUUCAGUCAAUCGACCUCAUCGGCGGACCGCCCGCCGCAGACAACAUGCACAAGCAGCAGCAGAAGCCCCAGGAUGCGCCCAGCGACUGGCACCACAUCUGGGCAGGCGCGGAUCCCUUCAACGCCAAUCCUCAGACCGGACCACAGCAGACUGCGCCUCCCCAGCCGCUGGUUCAGCAGCAGCAGCAGCCUCAUGCAGGUCCGUCGAGUGGGCUCGACUCCAUUUUCGGUGCGCCCGAGCCGUCCAAGGCGCUGGAGGGGGAUUUUGGGUCGCUCAAGCUGACAGGCGAGAGCCCUCCUGCGCCCAUUGAGAGUGUCAUGACUCUCCCAUACGGCAACGGCACUGGCACUGCGACGGGCACCGGGGGGAUCACGGGGCCGGGGUUUGCGUCAACCGACGCGUGGGGGGGACAGCCGCAGCCCAAUCAGGGCAUCCCACACGAUCCAAUGACCUUUGGGUGGCCAAAAACAGACCGUAAGCUAAGCUAACAGCAGACACAGAGACUUUGCUGACAGGUCUGUAUGUAUGUAUGUGAUGGGUGUAUUGUAUGUGGUCAAUUCAUCAGGUCCAGCUGGUGCGGCAGAGACGGCGGCGCAGGGCCGAAGCCCGACGGCCGAGCAGCUGCAGGAACUCAAAGUGGCACAGGCGAAGGAAUCAAUCGCCAGACUCUUCACUGCACCCAAACAAAUGGGUCAGUAGAGUGCAGCCAGGGCCUUUGUCACAACGUCUAGCCAAGAGGACAUCGUGCUCUGUCUGCUGUGCCGUUGCGGCGUCCCCUUCAGGCUUCGGCACUCCUUCUUACCCCUCGAUGGUAGGUAUCCUUCUCUCGAUUGUGUUCACACUCACCUGUUCAGGUGGAGACAGUCCAUCCACGUCUCCUUGCCUGUCUUUUUGCCUGUCUCUCAGAUUCCCUAUGGCUUUGACGCUCCCACCAGCGCUUUCAAUUUUGGCACCAAGACCUUCGCUUCCGGCAGUAGUGGCGGCCCACCAGGAGCAUCUCAAACCUCCUUUCAACAGGGCAGCCGACCAAUCACAGCACCACAACUGGACAACAAGGGGUCGAUGGGACGGCAAGACGUAAGCGCACACACACACACACACACACACACAGAGAGAGAGAGAGAGAGAGAGAAUCUGCACCGGUCAACGUCAUGGCCGGUCCCUCCAAUCCUGUGCUGUGUGUGCUGUGUCUGUGUAGCAGCAUGGUGUGUCGUCGGACUUCAUCGGGCGUGUGAUGAACGAUCCGGUGGGAGGUAGCGGGGGUGGCGGCAUGCACCCAAGUGGGAGUUUCAGCGGCAGGAUGAUGCAGGGAGCAGCGAGUGGGCUAAUGAAUUCACCCCCGGGAUCCGCACAAGCCAGACAGGUCAGUCAGUCAGUCAGCACAGGAAGCCCACCCAGCUUUAUCAGAGAGCCCUAGGACCGACGGUGGUAAGUGAUGGAUUGAUGUCCGGUGCUCAUCAGGGAUUGGUGGCACAGGCGCCCUCAUCUGAUGUGCACCUUGAUGCGUUCGAGCUGCUGGGCUCUCGGCCGACUUGAUCCCGUGACGUGAUGGUGUUUGAUGUUGCUGACUUGUCCAGUAUGCUCCUGCAAGUGCGCAACGCGACUUCUCUGAAUCUUUACUUGUG